UUACGUCAAGAUACUUAAUUCUCAUGUCACUUCCAGCUUCUACUUAGAACGAAGUACUUCCGCGUUUGGAAAUCUGUGCGUUUUUUUCACAUUUUCGAAUAAAUGACGAUCGACAUUUUGUUGAAAAAUAGCCUUGUGAAAUGUAGCUGUCUGUCCGUGGUGUCGUGAAAAUAUCUCAAUCACCAAACAAAACGGAAAGAAUCCGUUUGUGACUCAAGCGAGAUCAAAUAUUGAUAGAACUGAGCGGAGGGACGCCUACGUGAUACUACCAGCCAGAGCAACAGGUGAUCCUCGUUCCCGGGCGUAUUCGUGCUUGACAGCUAGCUGAACCAAUCAGCGUCCAGAGAGAAACGCAAAUGAACCAAUCGCGGGCACCAGCCAAGUCAAGAUGGGCGUUAACCAGGACUGCUGAGCCGAGGCUUGGUCAAAUCCACACCGACCUUCGAGCUCUCACAGGCGGUGUGCUUGGCUUCGCUCUCACUGGAGAGAUUUGUGGCUGUGGAAAUACGAUACAUUGUCGAGCUUCUAAGGAAAAAGCCUUUCGGGCGAAGGACCUGGUGUAUAUUCGCGCUGCGGAGGAUUCAGACAGGUAGGUUCUCGCUAGUGCCAUCUUGGCUACUAAAUUACCUUGAGGAUUAAAGUUGGAUCCAAUAGAGUUCUUCCUCAUGAGGAAAGAUGGGGAAUGGACUCUCGGAACAACCUAGCUUUCUCUCAAGCAUCCCGUUCUUCCAGUCCUUCCACAUCGCCAUUCUCGGCCUGGACUCGGCCGGAAAGACCACCGUCCUGUACCGGCUCCAGUUCAACGAGUUUGUCAACACGGUGCCCACCAAAGGUUUCAACGCUGAAAGGGUGCGAGUUUCUCUGGGUGGCCACAGAAGUGUGACCUUCCAGUUUUGGGACGUGGGCGGCCAGGAGAAGCUGCGUCCGCUGUGGAAGUCAUACACGCGAUGCACGGACGGCAUCAUCUUCGUGGUGGACUCUGUGGACGCAGAGCGCAUGGAGGAGGCCAAGACGGAGCUCCAUAAGAUCGCCAAGACCUCUGAGAACCAGGGGGUGCCGUUGCUGGUGGUGGCCAACAAACAGGACAUGAGACACUCUUUGGGACUGCCGGAGAUCGAAAAGCUGCUUGCGCUGAAGGAGCUAAGCCCGGGGACGCCGUGGCACCUGCAGCCGGCCUGCGCCAUCAUCGGGGACGGCCUCAGGGAGGGCCUGGACAGACUCUACGACCUCAUCCUGAAACACAGAAAGGUGUUGCGGCAGCAGAGGAAGAAGCGAUAAAUGAGAAUAGAGACUUGAGUUACUGGAGGAUGUCAUCUUCCACAUCCAGCACGGCCGUCUUGGAGCGUUGGGAUUGUCUGGUGAUGACACGGUCCAUCAGGAAGUGAAGCGGAAAGGAAUACGGUAUGAAGAUGAGAACGUUGUAGACAGGUGUUGAUCUGGUUCUGAAGGUUUGAGGUGUGGAAAGGUGCUAAAAGUUGUGAUCUGAAGGUUUCAUUAAUGGGCAAUGGUUGCUUUUUUUUUAACCAAAAAAAGAAUUUAACCAACUAGCAAAGAAGGGUGAAGACACCAUCCAGUCGCAUUUUCUUGUAUUCUAACUCAUCUUUUUUUUUUUUUUUUUUUUUUUUACACUAGGCUUUCAAUGUGGGAGCAAAGUAUUAUUUUUUAUUGUGCAUUAUGAAUGGUUUGGUUGCUCUCUUUUUACUUUAAUAAGGCACUUUAGAUGAUCACUUCCAAUAGAGUUUACAGUCUAUGAGAAUGGACACUGUAGACUUUUGUAUGGAUUGAUGUUUGGACACGUGCAGUAGGAGCAUUUUUGACGAAUAAAGACUAUUUAGUGCACUGGUGACCAUUCUUGUUUUUAUGAUCAGGACUGCAGUCUAUUUGUGGCAGUGGAUUGGGUCUCAUUUGCAUAAUUGACCAUGAAGCUUCUGCAGAUACAGUAAACCUCGGAUAUAUCGGAUUCAAUUGUUCCCACUGGUUUUGUCCGAUAUAACCGAAAUCCGUUAUAUGCGUAUACCGGAAAAUGUCCGUUUUACGCAUAUAUGGGAUUUAUAUCCGGUAUAUGCGUAAAUGGGAUUUUAUCCGUUAUAAAAAGGCACUUCCUUGACUAUGUUUCCAAUGUACCUGGACGCGCAGGCAACGCUGCAAACGCUGCAAAUGACGUCGUAUAGCGGCCUGUCACGAUUCGGCGAAUCGGAGCGCCACGAUGCGGCCAUCCGAUAUAUGCCAGGGAAAUUUCAUGGAAAUGCAUUGGAACGGGACUGGAGAUUUUGUCCGAAAUAGGCGAAAUCCGUUAUAAAAAAUCCGAUAUAUGCAAUGAAUUUUUAUUGGAAAUGCA